CCCCGCGCCCCCUCCUCUCCUUCGCCAACACCACCCCUCUCCGGGCAAACCUCAGAUCCUCAACAUCUCCCGUGACGGGCAGUGGUCACGGAAACGCAGAGCGAGACGAGGGGAGAGCCGCCGAGGAGGGGGAAACGUGCACUAAGCCAUUUUCUUGGAGGAGCCAGUGUCGUUGAUGGGAAGAGGAUGCAUUGCGGGCUGCUGGAGGAGCCGGACAUGGAUUCCACAGAGAGCUGGAUUGAAAGAUGCCUCAACGAGAGCGAGAGCAAGCGAUACUCCAGCCAUACGUCUCUGGGGAACAUGUCCAACGACGAACAUGAAGAAAAAGAAAACAACAGAGCCUCUAAACCUCAUUCGACACCGGCUACUCUGGAAUGGCUAGAAGAAAACUACGAGAUAGCCGAAGGUGUGUGCAUCCCUCGAAGCGCUCUCUACAUGCACUACCUAGAUUUCAGUGAGAAGCACGACACGCAGCCCGUCAACGCCGCCAGCUUCGGAAAGAUCAUCAGGCAACAGUUUCCAGCUCUGACUACCAGGAGACUGGGGACAAGAGGCCAGUCCAAGUAUCACUACUACGGCAUAGCGGUGAAGGAGACCUCCCAGUACUAUGACGUGAUGUACUCCAAAAAGGGAGCGGCGUGGGUGAACGAGACGGGGAAGAAAGAGGUCACCAAGCAGACAGUGGCGUAUUCACCGCGCUCCAAGCUGGGGACGCUCCUGCCAGAGUUUCCAAAUGUCAAAGACCUAAAUUUGCCGGCCAGCCUGCCAGAAGAGAGGGUGUCGACCUUCAUCAUGAUGUACAGGACGCACUGUCAGAGGAUCCUGGACACGGUUAUCCGAGCCAACUUUGACGAGGUCCAAAGCUUCCUGCUGCACUUCUGGCAGGGCAUGCCCCCCCACAUGCUCCCCGUGCUCGGCUCCCCCACCGUGGUGAACAUAGUGGGCGUUUGCGACUCCAUCCUCUACAAGGCCAUCUCCGGGGUGCUGAUGCCCACCGUACUGCAAGCACUGCCUGACAGUUUGACUCAGGUUAUACGAAAAUUCGCCAAACAACUCGACGAGUGGCUCAAAAUAGCACUUCAUGACCUCCCAGAAAACUUGAGGAAUAUCAAAUUUGAAUUAUCGAGGAGAUUUUCUCAGAUUCUGAAGCGGCAAACGUCUUUAAACCAUCUAUGUCAGGCGUCGCGGACUGUGAUAAACAGCGCAGACAUCACUUUUCAAAUGCUGGAGGACUGGAGGAAUGUGGACUUGAACAGCAUCACAAAGCAGACACUUUACACCAUGGAGGACUCUCAGGAGGAGCACAGGCAGCUUAUUAUCAACUUGUACCAGGAGUUUGACCGGCUGCUGGAGGAGCAGUCUCCGAUCGAGGCGUACAUCGAGUGGUUGGACUCCAUGGUGGAUCGCUGCGUCGUCAAGGUGGCGGGGAAGAGGCCCGGGUGCCUGAAGAAGGUGGCCCAACAGUUCCUGCUGAUGUGGUCAUGUUUUGGGACCAGAGUCAUCCGGGAUAUGACCCUCCACAGCGCGCCCAGCUUCGGCUCUUUCCAUCUGAUCCACCUCAUGUUCGACGAUUAUGUCCUUUACCUGCUGGAGUCUCUGCACUGCCAGGAGAGGGCCAACGACCUGAUGAGGGCCAUGAAGGCAGAGAGAGAGGAGGAGUUCACCUUGACGGAAACGACCCCCGCCUCCCCCUCUCCCGGGUCCUACUCCCCCGCCCGGUCGGUCCACUCGGUCGGCGUCUCCUCCGCCAGCUCCCCGACGGCGGCGGUGUCCCCGGAGUACACGGGCGUGGCCAGCACCACAGGCGCUGUUCAGUCAUAUACCUGGUCCCUUACAUACACAGUGACAACAGCGGGAGGCUCCACUCCCGAGGCCGGGCAGCAGCUGUCCUGCAUGAGGAGCAGCGCUCCGGUGCCCCCUCCGUCCUCGGCCCACAGGAUGCCGGUUUACACCCACAGGGAGGAGCACGGGUACACCGGUAGCUACAACUACGGCAGCUACGCCAACCAGCACCCGCACUCCAUCCAGAGCCAGUACCCGAGUCUGGCCCACGAGCCGGCCAUCCCGGCCCCGCUCCACUACUCCGCCUACCACCGCUCCUCCGCACAGUACCAACUCAACGGCCAAAUGUCUCGAAUGGAGCCCUGCCUGAUGGGCAGCACUCCUCGGUUGCACCCCGCGCCCGUCGCCCCCCGGUGGCCUGACGUGUCGCCCGCUAACAGCUGUUACACAAGCCCACCUAUGCAUUCCUCCCGCUACUCCGCCUCCGGGGACAUGUACUCUCCGCUCGGCCCUCGCAGGAACUCGGAGUACGAACACUCGCAGCAUUUUCCCGGCUUUGCCUACAUCAACGGGGAGGCCACCACGGGCUGGGCCAAAUAGCCUUUAAACAUCACUUUGGACGUUUCGGACGAGCGCCGGACCCUCGGAGCCAGUCGGACGCAAAGGCUCCGAACACUUCCAAUCAGCUAAGGGUCAAAAGUACCAAUCUGAGGUUAUAGGAAUCAAGGUAGGGACGAUCAGACAAUUUGUAGGAACUCAUUGUUUCAAUCACUCUGUGCAGAGAUUUAUCAAAUUUCUUCAGCUGUUGGUGGGAGAAAUUCUUUUUUUAAAAACAUAUAGAGUGUCCAAACUUGCAGCAAAAUCAUUUAAAGAGUGCAAUGCUGCUGCCAAGCUGUGCCUUUGUUUUAAGGAAUGUACACUUCUGCAAGAGUUUUCCUGCAUCGGUGUAACACACACACACACACACACACCUCCAGCAGUCAGGCCUGGAAGCUGCUGUGGGCGACCUCAGCGCCGCCGCCGUCUCCUGUCACGACUUCCUCUGCAGCUGAGAUGUGGGCGUGAUGAUAAACUGCACUGCCUUAACCCUGUCGCGGGACGCCAGCCACCUGCAGCGGCACGAAGCCAAAACAUCCUUGGUUACAGAUGUGAACUCGUGGGAGACGUUCACCGGCGUGUUAAGGCGCCGCCAUCUUGGAUAGUUUGUUUUUAAUGAUUGAAUGCUGUGACUCAAAAGCAAGUGUAUUCUGUUGCAAGCUUUUCUGCUGUUUUUCCUGUGACUAUAUAUAAACACACACAAUACAUAUAUAUGUAUAUACAUACAUACAUAUAUAUGUAUAAAAUGUAUUUUCUGUAACUUUGUAACAUGGUGUAUCCUUUAUUUUCUAUGUUACAAUUGGUACUUUGUUCUCUGUUUUGUAUGAUUAGUAAAAGAUGCAUUAACCUAGGGUUGUGUGCUUUAUAAUGCACUCAAAGCUACUGAGGACCUAUUACCCUAUGGGUAUUUAUAAAAAGGGAAAAUAUCAAAGUGUACAGUAACAUAAAAAUCUAGUCACUUUUCUGUAAAUAAAAGCACUGGAGACCAUCUGUGGUGACUGUCAAACUAUCACAGUUGAAAUUGAUGUGUAUGUUGGGGGGGGGG